AUGGCUGGUACACUUGUUGGGGGAGCUUUGCUUUCUGGCUUCAUUAACGUUAUCUUUGACAGGUUUAUUACAACGGAUGCGGUCAACCUGGUCUUGGGCAAGAAGCUUGGUCCUGACUUAGUUGAAAGGCUGAAGAUUUCUCUGCUUGCUGCUGAUGCUCUGGUUGGUGAUGCUGAGUUCAAGCAAUUGGACAACCCUUCUGUGAGGGAGUGGCUUAACAGUCUGAGGGAUGCUGUUUAUGUGGCCGAUGACUUGCUGGACGCUGUGCUCACCAAAGCCGCCACUCGAAAGGAGGUACGUUCUUUCUGGCCUGUUAGCUUCCUCGACCGGGAUAGGAAGAUUGUAGAUAAGAUGGAAGGGGUGGUUAGAAGAAUAGAAUUUCUUGUAAAGCAAAAAGAUUUCCUUGGUCUUGAAAAGAGUUCCUAUAGGGACUUUUUGUCAUGGAGAAUUCCAUCCACAUCUCUGGUGGAAGGUAAUAUCCUUGGCAGGGAAAAGGACCAACAGGAAAUCAUCAAGAUAUUAAAUGAUAACAGAGAAAAUCAGUUGUCUGUAAUUCCUAUUGUGGGCAUAGGUGGGGUUGGAAAAACAACUUUAGCACAAUGGCUGUACAAUAAUGACAAGUUGAUGGAGGGUUUUCAAGUCAAAGAAUGGGUUUGUGUCUCUGAAGACUUUAAUGUUGUUCAGGUUACAAAGAAUAUUAUAGGUCAAACUGCUCGUAAUACAGAGGAUUUCAAUUCACUUCAACUUGAACUGACGGAAAAAUUGUCUGAAAAGAAGUUCUUUAUUGUGUUAGACGAUGUUUGGAGUGAUGAUGGUGAUGUCUGGAAGAAAUUUAGAACCCCCUUUCAAUAUGGGGUAAAGGGAAGUACAGAUUGUUGUUGGUCAGUGUUUGCAAACAAUGUUUGUUUUCCAGAAUCAAAUGGGGAUCCAAAACUAGAAGAAAUCGGUAGAAAGAUAGCCAAGAAGUGUAAGGGGUUGCCAUUAGCUGCAGAGACACUUGGAAGCUUGUUGCGAACAAAACAUGAUGUUAAGGAAUGGGAAGCUGUAUUAAUAAGUGAUAUUUGGGAAUUUUCUGUGAAGAACAGUAAAAUAAUUCCUGCAUUAUUAAUCAGUUACUUUCAUCUUCCUGCACAUUUAAAACGUUGUUUUGUUUAUUGUUCAUUGUAUCCCAAAGAUUGUCGUUUUUGUAAAGAUGAACUAAUUUUGCUAUGGAUGGCCGAAGAUCUUUUAAGGCCACCAAAUAGAGGGGAGAGUUUAUUCGAAGUUGGUAGCAAAUGUUUUGAUGAACUAGCUUCUAGGUUGUUUUUCAAAAGACAUGAUCACUAUGCUUCUGAGAGCUUUGUGAUGCAUGACCUUUUACAUGAUUUAGCACUGUUCCUUGCUGGAGACUUCUAUGGUAGAUUUGAAGAGCUUGGUGAUGCAGUGAAUGUGUAUACUCGAACUCGUCAUUUGUCUUAUGAAAGUUCGAAUCUAGUCUCAGAAAAUUUUAGUUCCAUCAGUAAAGUUGAAUCUUUGAGGACAUUUUUGUCAACUAAUGUCUUUUCAAAGUCAGAUAACAUUGAUGAUGUAACAUGUAAUCCAAUAUUGAAGCUCAAAUAUUUGAGAGUUUUGUCACUUCCAUCCUUCAAAGCACUUGAUGUAUUGCCUCGUCUAAUAGGUAAAUUAACCUAUUUGCGUUACUUGGAUCUCUCUAGGACAUGUAUUAGGACACUGCCAGAAUCAUUGUGUGACUUGUACAAUCUACAAACAUUGAAGCUGGCAUGUUGUUCUAGUUUGACUAAGUUACCCAAUGGCAUGCAUAAACUUGUGAAUUUGCAACAUCUCAAUAUUUCGGGUACUGAUUUGAAAGAAAUGCCAAGAGGAAUGAGCAAAUUGCAACACCUGCACACAUUAAGCUACUUUAUCGUGGGCAAGCAUAAAGAUAAUGGAAUCCAGGAAUUAGAGCUAUUAAAUCUUCAUGGAUACUUUGAGAUUCAAAAAUUGGAGAAUGUCCUUGAUGUGAAAGAAGCAAGGAGUGCAAGGAUAAUAGAUAAGAAGAACAUUGAUAACUUAAUGUUGGAAUGGUCUUCAGGUGAUUAUAUAGUUUCAAGAACACAAACUGAAAGAGAUAUACUCGACAGCUUGCAACCGCACCAUGGCUUGGAAGUGUUGCAAAUCAGGGGAUACAAGGGUACAAUAUUUCCAAAUUGGAUGGGGCAUUGUUCUUACCAAAACAUGACUGAUGUGUCUAUGGAGUCUUGCAAGAAUUGUUGCAUGUUGCCUUCACUUGGACAGCUGCCAUCUCUUAAGUCCCUUUGCAUUGAAGGUUUUCAUCAGCUGAGGAGUAUUGGUAUGGAGUUUUACAAGAAUGAAGGCGAUCAUCAUUCUUCGCUUCUUGCACCGUUUCCCUCAUUGGAGAUUUUGGAGUUCAAUAACAUGCCAUGUUGGGAGGUGUGGCACUUACCUGACUCAAAAACUUUUCCUCGACUCACGAAGCUUCGGAUAAGAGAUUGUCCGGUGUUAAAGGGAGAUAUGCUUGGCCGGGUAUUCUUGAGAAUCAUUUCUUCAUUGUGGGAUGUUUCAAAAGUUCGCAGACUAGAUAUACGUACGGAUUAUGGAGAGUCUGAGAUGUCACUUAUUGGAGAGGAUAUGGUAUCAAUUAAGGGAUGUGAAUCUAUGCUGAAGUUUGUACUUCAGGCAAUGAGUGUCAACCAUCUAAGUUGCCUCAAAGAUAUCUAUAUCUCACGUUGGUCGCUUGAUGUACUCUUCCGGGACAAUUGUGUACUCAAAUCUUUGCAAACUCUGAGAAUAUGGGGAUGCAGCAAGCUGAAAUUCCCCCAGCAACAGCAAAAGUACAGUUUAGUAGAGCUAUACAUAGAAGGAAACUGUGAUUCACUGACCUCAUUGUCGUUGGAUGACUUCCCCAAUCUUAAGACUCUUACUAUAUCAGAGUGUGAGAAUCUAGAAUCAGUUUCAUUGUCAGAGCCAUCACAUGCUUCUCUUCAACGUCUCACCAUCUUUAAAUGCUGCAAAUUUGUGUCAUUCACAGGAAAAGGACUGGCUGCACCCAACUUGACUCGUCUUGAGGUCAGCUUCUGCACCAAGUUGAAGGCAUUGCCACAUGAUAUGAAUACUCUUCUCCCAAGUUUACAGUCUCUCGAGAUAGAGGGCUGCUGGGAAAUUUGUAGGUUACCAGAGGCUGGUUUGCCACCUAACCUGAAACAGCUUAUUAUUGGGAAACAAUGGAGGGGUCUAUCGUCGAUGCGCAACUUGGACACCCUCACUCAUCUUAUCAUUGAUGGUUCUGGCAGUGAGAAUGUGAAGUCAUUCCCUGAGGCCGGUUCGCUGCCUCACCUUCCCUCUCUUACCACUUUGAAGAUCACUGGAGAAUAUGGCAGGAGAAAAGCUGCCUUCCUCUCUAUUGCUACUUGA